AUGGCUCAUCACAGAGGUUUCGAAGCUGCCAAAGGCUUUAGUUAUAAGUUUUCUUCAUUGCAAGUUAUUGAUUUGCACCGACUUCAACAUAGAUACGACCAGCAAGGAAAACUAAAUAAAACUCCACAGUGGUACCUGCAACAACAAGCCAAACAACAAGAACAAAUGAGAACCUAUCGAGAGAACAGAAGUCUUAAUUAUCAAAGAUAUGAGAGCGCUCCAAAGCCUGGUAGUACUAGUGAAAACUAUCAACGAUAUGAGAACAACCCAAAUCCUGGUGGUGUUAGUUUGAUUCCUAACGUAUCACAUAGAGAGAAAGUUGUGAUAUCCGGAACUAAAAUCACUGUCAAUGGUUGCAGCUAUUUCACUAACUUGACCCUGAGAGAGGUCGAGGAUCUAAGAAAGGCAAUCAGCUCGACUUUGGGGGGAGUUACCAUCUCUUUGGAAAUGGGUACUGGCUGUUACCAACGAUAUCUCGAUGGACUAAAACCAGAGUCUCCACUCUGCAAUGUGUUGAUGGAUGCAGAUAAGCUGUUGGGUGCUCUUGUUUUUGGUAUCGACUACUUCACUGGCAUGAAAGCUACUUGCUUGGUUGAAGGUUAUGAAAACCACUUGGAUGCAAGGACCAGAUUGCUUUCAAUGCAUGGUGGUGUUACAAGACUAGGUUAUGACAAGUUUUCCAAUAUUCUUCCACAUCCAACUUUUGUUUUGAAUCCAAAUUACGUUGCCAACUUUGACAAGUCGACCAAUACCAUCAAGUUCAACGGUCAGGCACUCAUCAUCACAAUAAGAGGUAGAUACUUUGAUUGGAAAGGAAAUGACUACUAUGAUGAUGACUUCCAGGUUGGUAAAGAGAUGUUCCCAUUCCUCGACCACUUCAACAACAACUACUCCAAGUACUUGGCUUGUUAUCCAUAUCUAAACCGACUUGCAGAGUAUGCAAGAGUGUUGAUCUUACUCUCAAUGGGAUCGACAAGAGACUAUACAGCCACAACUAUGACAAGUAUCGAUAAGUUUGAAGAGGGUCAUUCACUCACUACCAGUGAAGAUCCAGAAGUUCUUCCGUGCCAAGUAGCUCUAUUAGAUGCACAAAUGCAAGCUACUCUCAACAACAUAGAGAGUGAGCAUUUUCCAGAUCAUGCGAUUCUAAUUAGUAGAUCCUAUAAGAAUCUCAAAGUUCGAAUCGAUGCUUGUUGCACUCUCUUGAUUGCUGCGAUGAUCAAAGUAUCCAAAGAAUCUCCAAACUAUGCAGUGUUGGCAAUGGAACUCUCUAGUCUUUUAGUUGACAACUAUGAUAGUAUCACCGAUUUUGACCUCUUACUUUCUGUCUUUGGUACAAAUAAUAUCGAUGUUAUUAUACACUACUUGCUCGGAAUAGCACACGAGAAUGCUAUGGACCAGUGCAAUGACAGUUUGCUCGUUGAUAUAUACGGUAAGCUUGCAGGUGAUCGUACAAAGCUUGAGGGUAUUUUACAAGCGUGGGGAACUGAUUCUCGUAUGGACAGGUUCUGGCAACUUUUUAGAAAAGCAAUUCAUCGCUUCCCCAAGAUGGAGAAACGCAAGCCAGGUGUAAUGAGUCCUCCUGGUUUAAUUCAAGCAAUCUCAGAGAUGAGCCAGUGUAUUGAACAAAUCUCCAAAUUCGAUAGUACCAGUGUGUAUAUUUCUGUAUGCUUCUCGAUGCUUGAAAUGUUCCAUGCACAACUUGCGAUCUAUAAGCAUUUAUUUAUGGCAGAGGAAUUGCUCAGCAAGUCGAAAUUUGAGAGAAAUCCAACAGAGGCACUCAGUAUGGCCACUCAAGCCAAGUCUCUUGCAUCUUCUUGUCUAGGUGUCACUAAUGAUGCCAGAUACAUCUGCUACUUGGCAGCAGAUAGAAUUGCCGACAUCUAUGCCUCUACAGGUGGCUCCUCUGACAAAAUUGCUCAAUGGAGAAGAUUGUCCAACAUUGAAAAGGAAUCUCUCCUCUCCACAGAUCCCGAAUAUCUAAAUCAAUUGAACAAAUCAUCAUGUUCCAUUCAAUAG